AUGGCGCUUCGAACGCUCGCCCGCGCCGUGGCGCAUCUUCGUUCUCGACGUCCGAGAGUCCUCAGAAGCGUCGCGACGCCCGGCAUCGUCGCUCGAGCGUCGAGCGUUCGCUCGAGUGACUUUCACACCGUGCGCUCUUCGAGCGGGACAUCCUCGAUCGCGUCGUCGCUCGCGCGUCGCGCGCGCGUCGGACGGCGGGAACGUGGUGAUGAAAAAACUCUCUGUCGGGGAUUCGCGAGUGCGCGCGAUGGGGAGGACGACGAUGGGUUUGCGGACGACGCGGAGGACGUCGCGGAGAGCUUUUACGUCGGCUCGGUGGAGUGCGUCGCCGACGUCAUGAUCAUCGAUGAGGAUGGGAACGAACCGCGAGAGGUGAUGGAAAACGAACUGGAUUUAAAUGAAUUGCGAGUUCAGGUGGAAGAGGACGCGCGGGCGGUGAUGACGAAAUUAUUGACCUCGCGCGGGGACUCGGCGGGCGGAAAGGCGGCGCGCGGCGCGCUCCCGCGAAGCGUCUCACACAUGGAACUCAGCGUCGCGCUGUGCUCGGACGAGUACAUUCGGUCGUUGAACGCUGGGUACAGGCAAAAGGAUAGCGCGACGGACGUCCUGAGUUUUCCCGCGGAGAGUUUCGGACCCAUGGCGGUGCUGGGUGACGUCGUGGUGAGUGUGGACACGGCGGCGACGCAAGCGAGGGAGGUCGGCCACUCGUUGCGGGACGAGUGUCGAGUCUUGCUCGUGCACGGAUUGUUGCACUUACUCGGGCUCGAUCACGAGCUCGGCGAGGACGAGGCGGUGGCCAUGGCGGAGGCGGAGCGGGAGAUGUUGAGCGAGUUGGGAUGGAAGGUCACGGGACUGACGACGCGCGGGAGUGAGGUCGAUGAGACGUCGACCUCGUCGUCGCGAUCGUCGUCGACGCAGAGGAGCGUUCUAGUGACAGAUUUGGACGGGACGCUGCUGAACGAGGAGAGCGUGAUAUCACCGGGCGUUGCAGAUGCCUUGCGCAGGGCCAUAGCGGCGGGCGUAGAGGUGAUCAUUGCCACGGGUAAGGCGAGACCGGCGGCGAUUCGCGCCGCAUCAACGCAAGGUCUGGACGGAAUCAUCGUCGGCAAGAAUACCCCGGGGGUGUUCCUUCAGGGGCUUGAAGUUUACGGUCGAGGCGGCGAGCUCGUGUACGAGGCGAAGAUGCCCGAAGACGUCGUGCGGGACGCGUUCAUGAUGAUGGACGACGUUGUCCACGACGGGUUGGCGCUCACGGCAUUUUGCGGAGACACUUGCGCGACACUCGAGGACAACGUGCUGUUAGACGUGCUUCAUCACACGUUUCACGAGCCCAAGAGCGAUGUCGUCGCCUCCGUCGACGACAUACUCUCCGCGCGCUCCGUCCGCAAGCUCUUGUUGAUGGGCCCGAGCAAGGAGAGCAUCAACGCCGUCCGUCCAAUCUGGGAGGCCGCCUUCAAGGGACGCGCUGAGAUCACGCAGGCGGUCGCAGACAUGCUCGAAAUUAUUCCGAUGGGGAACAACAAGGCGAAAGGGGUGAUGAAGGUUUUGAAGUCCAUGAACAUCAAUCCGGCGACGGAUGUCGUCGCGUGCGGCGACGGAGAGAAUGACGCCGAGAUGCUCAAGAUAAUCGGAUGCGGCGUCGCGAUGGCGAACGGGUCGGAAAAGACGAAAAAAGAUGCCGCGCACGUUCUCGAGGAGUCCAAUGAACAGGACGGUGUCGCCGUCGCUAUCGAUAGGUUCGUUUUGUAA